CAAAGAUAAUGGAGGCUUACAACAUUAUUCUCCUUGGCCUUUUGCUUCUCUUUGCUUUGGCCACUUCUUUUGUUGAUGCAAAAGUUCAUCACCAUGACUUUGUGGUUCAAGCAACAAAAGUGAAGAGAUUGUGUAUGGCCCAUAACAGAAUUACAGUGAAUGGAAUGUAUCCAGGGCCAACCUUGGAAGUCAAUAAUGGAGACACUCUGGUUGUGAAUGUCAUGAACAGAGGAAAAUAUAAUGUUACCAUUCACUGGCAUGGUAUUCGACAAUUGCGAUCAGGAUGGGCGGAUGGGCCGGAAUUUGUGACACAGUGUCCCAUCCGGCCGGGUGGGAGCUACACAUACCGAUUCACAAUCCAGGGACAAGAAGGGACAUUGUGGUGGCAUGCUCACAGCUCAUGGCUCAGAGCUACUGUUUAUGGAGCUCUAAUUAUCCAUCCACAAGAGGGUUCUCCUUACCCAUUCACUAAGCCCAAGAGAGAAGCUCCCAUUCUUCUUGGAGAAUGGUGGAAUGCCAAUCCCAUACAUGUUGUGAGGGAGGCGACCCGAACAGGAGCAACUCCAAACGUAUCCGAUGCCUAUACCAUCAACGGUCAACCUGGUGACCUCUACAACUGCUCUAGCCAAGAUACAGUUGUAAUUCCGGUGGAUUCCGGCGAAACAAACCUUCUCCGAAUCAUCAAUGCUGCACUCAACCAGGAACUCUUCUUCACUGUUGCCAACCAUAAGCUGACAGUGGUAGGUGCUGAUGCUUCCUACACAAAGCCUUUCACCACUUCAGUAAUCAUGCUUGGACCAGGCCAGACUACAGAUGUUCUCAUCACCGCCGAUCAACCUCCAGCCCGGUACUACAUCGCAGCUCGUGCCUAUAACAGUGCUCAAGGGGCACCAUUUGAUAAUACCACCACCACUGCCAUCCUUGAAUACAAAUCUGCCCCUUGCCCAGCCAAGAAAGGCCUCUCUACUCCUCCCAUCUUUCCAUCAUUGCCUGCUUACAAUGACACCAACACUGUCACUGCCUUUGAGGCCAGCUUCAGAAGUCGCACCAAGGUUGAAGUCCCUACUGAUAUCGAUGAAAACUUGUUCUUCACUGUUGGCUUGGGACUUAUCAAUUGUCCGAAAGGAGUCAGAGCACGCAACUGUCAAGGCCCCAAUGGUACCCGAUUCGCUGCUAGCAUGAACAAUGAAUCUUUUGUUCUUCCAUCCAAUUUCUCCUUACUGCAAGCCCACCAGCAAGGAAUCCCUGGAGUUUUCACUACAGAUUUCCCUGCAAAUCCACCAUUGCAAUUCGACUACACUGGCAAUGUGAGCCGCUCGCUCUGGCAACCUAUUAAAGGGACCAAGUUGUACAAGCUGCAGUAUGGUUCCAGGGUACAACUAGUAUUGCAGGGUACAAGUAUCUUCACAGCAGAGAACCACCCCAUUCAUCUUCAUGGAUAUGAUUUCUACAUCAUUGCACAGGGUUUUGGGAAUUUCAAUCCAAAAACUGAUACUUCCAAAUUCAACCUUGUUGAUCCACCACUAAGGAAUACUGUUGGAGUACCUGUGAAAGGAUGGGCAGUGAUUCGAUUCAUAGCCGAUAAUCCAGGAGUUUGGCUGAUGCAUUGUCACUUGGAUGUUCAUCUCAACUGGGGUUUGGCUAUGGCUUUUCUGGUUGAGAAUGGGGUUGGAGAGUUGCAGUCUUUAGAGCCACCUCCAGCUGAUCUGCCUGUAUGUUAGUGUCUUCAGUUAUGAACUUCCCAAGAGUAGGGUUUCGGCUUCAGACGGUUUCUAGUCCUUAACCUUAUUUAGGUCGAUGCAAGUUCUUCUCUGUCUUGUGCUAUUAGUCCCUUCAU